AUGAACUCGAAUCAACCAAUUAUUUUCUUAUCAUCUUCGGCUUAUUUCCUCUUUUAUGCUCUUGUUUUUAUAUUUACCAUCAGCACUGCCAUCUCAUCAUCAGGCAGCAAAAAUAAUGAGACAGAUUAUGAGGCGUUACUGAAUAUCAAGUCAAUGAUCACUAAAGAUCCAUACGGGGCUCUAACAUCAUGGAAUGAUUCUCUUCAUUUCUGUGACUGGAAUGGUGUUACAUGUGGGAAGCGGCACAAAAGAGUGACGACUUUACGAAUUAGGUCAUCCGGUCUAGAAGGUUUUUUGUCUCCUUUUGUAGGAAACCUUAGCUUCCUCCAUAAGCUCAGUCUUCCUAACAACUCCUUAACUGGAGUCAUCCCUCAUGAAAUCGGUCGUCUUCCAAGGCUGCGUUAUCUUGCUCUUGAACUAAACAAGUUCAAUGGCGUCAUUCCGGCUAGCAUAUCUAGUUGUUCGUUCCUUGAAGUGAUUGAUAUUUCUGCUAACGAGCUAGUUGGAAGCAUACCCAAGGAGAUUGGAUUCCUCUCAAAACUUACUGCUCUCAAUCUUCAGGAUAACAUGUUUACAGGUGGAAUCCCGUCUUUCUUGGGGAAUAUCACAUCAAUGGAAAGUUUUGCCAUUAAAAAUAAUCCUUUGGGUGGGAAGAUACCGGAUACCUUAGGCCAAUGGAAAUUUUUAAAAGAAUUUUAUAGUUUUUCUUGUAAUUUAUCUGGAACCAUCCCGAGUUUCUUUUAUAACUUUUCACGUCUAGCUUAUUUUAGCUUGUGCGAUAAUCAAUUGACUGGCAAUCUUCAUCCAGCCAUAGGUUUCAUGGGAGGUUGA